CACCCCCCUCUUUCUCCAUGAUCAAUCAUAUCAUCGUUAUUUUUUUGAAUUUCAGUCUCUCUCUCUAAAAUUUCUUUCAGAUCAUUCUCUCUGUGUUCUCCACCAUCGACGACGAUGCCGAGCAGAUAUCCAGGAUCCGUGGCGCAGGACUGGGAACCGGUGGUGCUGCACAAGUCGAAGCAGAAGGCGCAAGAUCUCCGGGAUCCGAAGGCAGUAAACGCGGCGCUGAGGAGCGGAGCAGCUGUUCUGACGGUGAAGAAAUCGGACCGCGGAUCGAAUAGGAAGGGAUCGUCGGCGGUGGCGACGCCGGCUGUUAGCGCGAGGAAGCUGGAGGAGGCGGAGGAGCCGGCGGCGCUGGAGAAGGUGAGAGGGGAGGUGAGGCUGGCGAUCCAGAAGGCGAGGUUGGAGAAGAAGAUGUCGCAGGCGGAGCUGGCCAAGCAGAUCAACGAGCGGCCACAGGUGGUUCAGGAGUACGAGAACGGUAAGGCCGUGCCGAACCAGGCAGUGCUCGCGAAGAUGGAGAGAGUCCUCGGCGUUAAACUCAGGGGAAAGAUCGGGAAAUGACCUGUAGAAGUCACUAAUCAUCUUGUUAAUUACCAUAAUUGUAAUCGUUCAUCUUGAACCGUAAUCGUUAAUGGUUGAUUUUCUGCAUCCAA